UUUAUGACUACUUCUAUUCAACAUGUUUCUGCUAAAUAUUAUCUAAAUGCUUCUCAAAAACAUUCAAUUAAUUCAAGUUCAUAUGAACCAUAUUCUCUCUUAAAAUGGAAAGCAAGUCUUGAAAAUACAAACCAAUCACUUCUUUCUUCUUGGGUGGUCACAAACAGUACUAGUCAUUGCCAUUGGGAUGGCAUUUAUUGUGAUAAAUUUGGAAGAGUUACUCAAUUGGAUAUUGCAAAUUAUGGGAUGAGAGGUACACUUCACCAUCUAAAUUUCUCAUCAUUUCCCCAUCUCCAUUUAAUUGAUUUUUCCAAUAAUUCACUCCAUGGUACACUGCCACAUAACAUUUUUAAUCUUUCAAGAUUGAGUUAUCUUGAUUUGAGGAUCAAUCAUUUUUCUGGAAUUAUUCCACCUGAAAUAGGAUUCUUGAAAAAUCUCAAACACUUAUAUCUAACAGUGAAUGAAUUCUAUGGUCCUAUCCCUUCAAGCUUAGGUAACUUAAAAUCCCUUGUGCAUUUAUGUUUGCUAGGAAAUAAACUCAAUGGAACCCUUCCAAUAGAGCUUGAAAAUCUUACACAUUUGGAAAUUUUUCAAAUAUCAGAAAACAAUCUUACUGGUCACUUGCCACAAAAUUUGUGUCUUGGUGGAAAACUGACUAAAUUCACAGCAUAUGAUAAUAAAUUUAUUGGUAAUAUCCCUAGAAGCUUGAAGAAUUGCUCUAAACUAACCAGACUUAGGCUUGAAAGGAACCAAUUAUCUAGCAAUAUAGCAGAAGCUUUUGGUGUCUAUCCAGAUCUAAUUUACAUUGAUUUGAGUCACAAUAAGUUUUAUGGUGAGUUGACAUCAAAAUGGGGCAUUUCUCAUAAUCUAACCAGCUUGAAAAUCUCCAACAAUAACUUGUCUGGAGCCAUACCUAUUGAGAUUGGAAAUCUGACUAAACUAGAAAUGCUUGAUCUGUCUUCAAAUUACUUGACCGGCGAAAUUCCUGAAAAUUUGGAGAGCUUAACUCUCUUGUUGGUUCUUGAUUUGCAUGGAAAUAAAAUUUCAGGGGAAAUACCUAUAGAAGUGGGAAAGUUGUCUAAACUUACAAGACUUAACUUGGCUGAAAAUAAUAUAAGUGGCAAGAUUCCAAGAGAAAUAGGAGAUUGUAGGCAGCUUUGGAAUUUGAAUUUAAGCAAGAACAUGUUAAACACAACUAUUCCUUCUAGUUUGGGAAAUCUGCACUCCCUACUGUAUCUUGAUCUCAGUUAUAACAUGAUCGGUGGUGAGAUACCGCGGACCAUAGGAUCUUUGCAACGCUUGGAAGUCAUGAAUCUUUCACAUAAUAACUUGUGUGGUUCAAUCCCAUCAAGUUUCAAUGAACGCCUAAGUUUGAGUUCUAUUGAUAUAUCUUCCAAUCAAUUGGAUGGUCCCCUUCCACAGAUCGUAGCAUUUCAGAAUGCAUCGAUUGAACAAUUAAGAGAUAACCAUGAUUUGUGUUGCAGCAAUCACAAUGGUAUGAAACCUUGCUCUUCAUUAGGGAAAAAAGAGAGAACAAGUAGGAAGAUUAUUAUACUGACUUUAACUCUCUCUCUUAUCUCGGUUGCCCUACUUCUACUUGUGAUUACUUGUAUUCUUUUUCUAACAAAAAGGAAGAGAAAUGCUAGUAGUAUUCAGCCAAGAGAACCAUCUAGCAAUUCUUUUUCGAUUCGAGGAUUUGAUGGGAAAAUAGCAUAUGAAAACAUCAUUACAGCAACAGAGAAUUUUGAUAGCAAAUAUUGCAUUGGAAAAGGAGGACAUGGAACUGUAUUUAGAGUGGAAUUACCAUGUGGUCAAGUUGUUGCAGUGAAAAAAGUUCAUGCUUUAGAAGAUGAAGAAUAUUCUGAUGACAACUUGAAAAGCUUUUCAAAAGAAAUACAAACUCUAGUAAACAUCCGCCAUAGAAAUAUACUGAGGCUCUAUGGAUUUUGUUCACAUGCACGCCACUCGUUCUUGAUUUAUGAGUUGUUGGAAGGAGGAAACUUGUCGCAAAACCUUAGCAAUAAGGAUAGAGCAAGAGAAUUAGAUUGGCUCAAGAGGGUUGAUAUUGUCAAGGGGAUAGCAAAUGCAUUGUGUUACUUACAUCAUGAGUGUUCACCUCCUAUAGUUCACAGAGAUAUAUCAAGUAACAAUGUCCUCUUAGAUGAUGAAGGCAAUCCCCAUGUUUCUGAUUUUGGCACUGCAAAACUCUUAAGGUCUAACUCCUCUAACUGGACAUCGUUCGCUGGAACAUUUGGCUAUGUAGCUCCAGAGCUUGCUUACACAAUGAAGGUAAAUGAGAAGAGUGAUGUUUACAGUUUUGGGGUGCUAUCACUAGAAGUCAUUUUAGGUCAUCAUCCAGGUGAUAUUAUUGCAGCUAUAUCAUCACUUUCGUCAGCGUCAAGCGCGCAUGGAAUAUUGUUAAAGGAUAUCAUUGACCAACGACCACAAGCUCCUGGAAAACAAGAAGCAGAAGAAUUGAUCAAAAUCACAAAGCUAGCAUUUGCAUGCAUUUGUCAAAGUCCUCAAGCUCGGCCAACCAUGAAGCAAGUUUGUGUGUCUUUAUCAAAGGAAAAGUUACCUUCACAAAGCUUGUUCUCCACUGUUAUAUUAGGCCACUUGCUUGAACAAGCACUACCAAGAUGCUGAUCUUUUUGCGUCUCCCUUCGCAUUGCUUUGUAUAUAUAUUUUUUUUUCCAUUUUGUUCUAGGAAUUUAAAGUUUUAAGACUAAUUGUU